CCCGCCGCCCGUGCCAGUGGUCUGGGCCAGCGGCAGCGCCCAGCCAGGCCGGAGCCCAGGAAACCCCGUGCGAGGGGGUGCAGCUGUGCCACAUCCCCCACCCCAGCGCCCAGGGAUCCCUGCCAUGUCCCGGUGCUUUGUAAAGGGCAGGCAGACAAACGUCCCUACGGGAGACCCCCAAAUCACCCUGUCCCCUGGCCGUUGGUGUCACGCCUGGGAGCUGGCACUGACCAAGGAGAGAUGCAGACUGUGCACCGUCCGGGACGCUCUGCUUCCAGCGGAGCUGGAGUUCGUGGAGAUCACCAUCAUCGUGGUGGUGGUGAUGGUGAUGGUGGUGGUGAUCACGUGCCUGCUCAGCCACUACAAGCUGUCCGCACGCUCCUUCAUCGGCCGGCACAGCCAGGGCAGGAGGAGAGACGACGCCCUGUCCUCAGAAGGAUGCCUCUGGCCCUCAGACAGCACCGUGUCCGGCAGUGGAAUCCCAGAGCCUCAGGUCUACGCCCCACCGAGGCCCACGGACCGCCUGGCCGUGCCCCCCUUCGCCCAGCGGGACCGCUUCCACCGCUUCCAGCCCACCUACCCCUACCUGCAGCAUGAGAUCGACCUGCCGCCCACCAUCUCGCUGUCAGACGGGGAGGAGCCGCCGCCCUACCAGGGCCCCUGCACCCUCCAGCUGCGGGACCCCGAGCAGCAGCUGGAGCUCAACCGCGAGUCGGUGCGCGCGCCCCCAAACAGGACCAUCUUCGACAGCGACCUGAUGGACAGCGCCAUGCUGGGUGGCCCCUGUCCCCCCAGCAGCAACUCGGGCAUCAGCGCCACGUGCUACGGGGGCGGCGGGCGCAUGGAGGGGCCGCCCCCCACCUACAGCGAGGUCAUCGGGCACUACCCCGGGUCCGCAGCCUUCCAGCAUCAGCAGAGCAGCACGCCGGCCUCCCUGCUGGAGGGGGCCCGGCUGCACCCCGCGCACCUCGCGGCCCUGGAGAGCGCCGCCGCCUGGAGCCAAGAGAAGGAGAAGCAGAAGGGACACCCUCUCUAGGGUCCCGGCGGCGGCCAGGGCAGUGGUGGGUGAAAAGGCAAAACACUCCGCACUUCUAAGAAGAGAGAGGAGGCCGGGCCGGACACGCGCGUCGCCAUCCCCUCCCCCUCCCUGUGUAUAAAAAUAGUUACAUGUCUGUCUGGUCCGGAUGCACAAGCUAAGAAAGCUUGCAAAACAACACACACACACACACACACAACCCAUGUUUCUUUGUUGAGCCGUGUCUUGAAGGCAAAAGAGAAAAAACAAUUCUCCCCUCGUUUUUUCUGUUGCUAGUCGAGCUUCGUGAAGGCUUCCUUUCGUUUGUUGAUGACGAUUUCACUUAACUUUAAAAACAUAUUUGCACAAAACCUUUGUUUAAAGAUCUGCAAUAUUAUAUAUAAAAAUAUAUAUAAAGUAAGAGAAACUAUGUGCGAGGGCAGGAGUAUUUUUGUAUUAGAAGAGUCCUAUAAACACACACAGGCGGUUUUCUGAGCUGGAAGAGAAAGUGGCCCCUUCGGCGUGCCGUCUCAGAACGUGUGUAUUACCUUGUAAAGAAAGCAAUGACAGAGCAGGGGUCUAGAGUUAUUUAUAUAAAUGUUGAGCUUUUGCACUAUUUUUUAAUAUAAAUAUGUCAGUGCUUGUUUGACGGAAACUUUUAUCAUGUUUGUCGAGACUCUAAGGGAGAGAUGCCCAGCCCGGCGGCGGGCAGAGGGGCUCCGCCUGGGCGGAGAGGCUGGGACAGGCUCUCCGCUCCGCAGUGGGCGCUGUGCCUGGGGUAGACUCUUCCGUCCUUACACAUUCCCGCCCGAAGGGGACAUGUUUCCUCCUCGGGGUCAGAACAGCCUUUGAAUCGCAUGACAUAGAGGCACCGAGUUCCAGGUGGUGGCUUUGCCUUCCCCAACUGAAAAUAAACUGUUACUGAAGGAA